GAUUGUCCUUCAGCUGAAGCGUCAUGCACUGCAGGUUGUGAGAUGCGAUCUAUUUAAACGAGCUUUACGAGUUUCUUCGAUAACUGACAUCAUUUGCAUUGACAUUGUUGAAUUAGUUUAAUUAUAGUAGUUUAAGAAACUGUUGACGCAUCUACAGCCCCAUCAAUAGACAGCUUUACUUGCUAUUCAUUAUUAAAUAGUACAUCAUGUAUCAUAUUUGUGAUGUCACGACACAGUUAAACUUGCGUACCUGAUGGUUAAACUUCGAACCUAUAAAUCAUCAUGAUCGAUCAAAUUUCACGUUAUAUUAAAGCGCUCCCUUUGGUUGCAAUACCCAAUACCCACAGUCUAUAUCAUUCACAUUGGUAAUUUUAUAGUUGCCAUGGUUACCAAUUUAUUGAGGUUUAACGGCAUAGGACUUCAUGUCCUUGAAUUACGAGAAUUAAUUAUCACAUAGCAUGAUUUUUCAUUGUAAAUCCAUAAAUUUAAUUUUAUUUGGCAAGAUGUUUACCUGAAUCGGUUGAUAACAACCCGUUGAUUACAGUAUAUUUUAUUGACGCUUCAUAGCGAAUAGACUGGACUCAGACAGUUUGCUACGUGAUCCUCACUUUUUACCACAUCACCAUUGUUUUAGAAAUAACUUUAACUACUUCAAGUUAAAUGUACGUGCUUCAAAUUUAACGUCAACAAUCGUGAUGUUGAAGUGAACUGUGAAUGUUUGUCCUCUAGAGACUUGCCACCUUGCCGAGAUGAUUGGAAAUGACGAAAGUUUUUAAGCGGCAUUUUUAGUUCUACACGUUACGGUCAACAUGGAUUUCAUAUGAGCUGUAGUUCUUUAUAGUAUUAAUUUUCCAGCGAGUUUCAAUGUUGUGUCCUUGAUGAUGCGUUCAAUCUCGAGAGAGCGAUCAGCCGUACGAAGUUCACGUAACUUCGAGGGCUUCCAGCAAAAUCAAGUUCCGCACAGUUUCAAUCAAAGGUUACAGAGCUUAAAAGGGUUUGAACACCUUCUGCACCGAUUUGAACCAAGAAAGCCCGCCCUUCCUCCAGUAAUCAAGCCCGUUGAGAGACAGAAAUACUCCUGCGAUGAGCUCCAACAGUUCAUCAGGUUCUUCCCAUCUCAUUUUACUCUCGGACUUCCAGGAUCUUCUCUGAGAUUCAGGCACAUCUUAGACGAGGUCAUCCUGGCUCUUCACUCCAUUCCACCAAAGUACAGGAUACCCCAAUACAAUCUGCUAGGGUUUCUCUUCGCGUGUCAAGGGAAUUACAGUUAUGCUUUCAGAUAUUUCCACGAGGUGUCAGCCCUCCAGGAGAACAACAUUAUCAGCAUAGCAAACCAGGCACACUGUUACCUCCGCCAGAACCUUCCAGAAAAAGCACACGAAUGUCUCCAGAAACUUAUAAAUCUGACCUCCUCGGCGGACUUUCUACAGAUCACCAAGGAGAGUAUUUACAUGAGUGAAGCUAAGACUAACCUCGGGUACGCUUAUCAUGUAUUUGGACUGAAUAAUGCUGCUAAAAGGAUGUACGAAUCAGCUCUCAAGUACAACAAUACUAAUCUAAAUGCUAACUUUGGGUUAGCAGCGACCCUCCUUGCUAUUUCGUACCAUGAAAAUCGUUCCAGAAAGGACUUCUACCUAAAGGUUGCAGCAAAUCUCAUCAACAUUGUCCUUCUGAGCGAGCCCGGCUUUCUACCAGCAACUAUCAUGUUGCUGACAAUCAAAGCUGAGAACAAAGCUUACACUGAUGAACUCUUAGACUCCCAAAUAAGUUCAUUCCUCAAAGAACACGAGUCCUCAUUAAACGCUAAAACAUACCGGGAUCUUGCUAAAAUCAAAAUAGCAAGAAAUGACUAUGAGAAUGAUCUGGGUGCAAUAAGCCUUCUUGAGCAGUCACUGGAGAUGUCCCCCACAUCGGAGGCGUAUCAUCUCCUAGGGAAGGCUCAAUACCUGAAGUGGUACAAAGACUCCAAGAAGAGGAAGACCUUUGUGAAGAGAUCCCUGACUCUGGCUAUCAAAUCAGCAGGUAUGGAUCUGACCAAGUUGCCCGACCUCACAGAAGACAUGGAAACAGACAAGAUUAAAGAUUUACCAUCUGCCGUCAGUUUAGCUACUGUAGGACCCGGGGUUCUGAAAACUAACAAUAUGGGAGAAACGGAGAUGUUGGAGUUUGUUCGGAGCCACUUUGAAAACGCUGCUAAAAAGUGCUACAAUUCUAACCUGGAGACGUUGUUAGAACUGGGCAUAGUGUGCGGUAAGCUGGAGGACUUCUCAAAGGCCAAGGAGCUGCUCAAAAGAGCCAUUACCUCUGAAGACACGUCUAUCCAAGAGAGAGGUUACCGAUACUUGGCAAUAUUUGAUAAAAAAACAGACGUGCGGGUUACAGAGACCUACUUCAGUGAGUGCAUAUCUCGGCAGCACUUUGUGAAGUUGACAGACAACGAGAAGGAAGAGUUCUGGCAGAAAGUCUACUCUCAUGCAGAAGGAGUCCUUGUUGAGAAGGGACACCAAAAAGCCUUCCCCUGGAUAAGAGACAUGGUCGAGGCUGACUACCACAAAGCUGAUAUCCUGGUUGAAUUGUACAACAAGCAGUCUCCGCAGUCUAUGAUAGGAUUGAAUGGGGAACUCCCUGAAGGUGGUGGUAAGAAGCUCAGCUCAGUACAGGCAAGAAAACAAUCAAAAUCGAGGAUGAGGUGAUUCGUAUAAAUAAAAUACUAUCUGAUGAAGUUGAACAUGAUAAAACAAACUGAUAGAACAAACAAAUUAUCUGAAAUAUGGAAUGAGCAAUAAUGGACGUGAAUCAGUGGAAGCCACCCCCAUUCAAAUUGCGUUUACCUGCGAAACUGUGCUGUUCAAUUACAUUAUAAUUAACUUGUAAUUACCACAGUGUUUAAGAUUAAUAUGUCAUGUGGGUUGGGUGAUGCUGUACUUGAGGGUACACCAAAAGAGAGAUAAGACGUCAUUAAUAUUCAUAUUAAAUCUUUAGAUCUACAUUAAUCACGAGACUAUACGCCUGUAUAUGAUGAUACGAUGUAUUAUAUCAAAGAAAUUACAGCACUAUAUUCUGAGGAAUGUCAACGAUUUGCAAUGUUAGUUUUUAUUA